AUGCAUCAACAUCCUCGUCCGCCGCCAGCAACGGCGUCGUCCGCUGCUAGCUCUUCCAGGACCAACCCAGCUCGCCCAACCAACCCUCGAGAUCGAACUGCAGAGGCGAAUACAUCACAGGCUGAGGUUGGUCCCGCAAACUUGACAACAGGACUUGGGAUUGAACAUGACGCUGAAAUGUUCGUGCAGGUCCCAUCAAAUGUAGCUCCUAGUCGGGAUAUCAUCGCCAAGUUAAACCAAAUUGUUCAACAAUAUCAUACGAAGGCUGCUUUAAUCAUUCUGCACUCUCGAGUCGAGCUCCCCCCUGCGUACAACAAAGAUUCGGAUAUGAAAAGGGUGAACAGAUGGUUUAACGUUGAACUCGACGAAACCGAUGUUCUAAGAGAUGAUCUCCGAACGUGGAAGUCCUGUGACACUGUCGACCGCCGUCCUCCGCCGAUGGUGAUUGAAACCUACCUUGAUCCGGACGAGUUGACACACAACCAGAGCCUUGUGAUUCUUGAUGAUCGUGGGAAACGCUGGGAUGUUCUCGAAGCUCUUGAUGCCUCGUUUUCUUACAAAAGUUCUCGGGAUACUAGAUAUAGUAGAGUCAUUCUAGAAAGAUGGCAAGUUGAACUGGGGGAUGCAGCAGGCGAUCUGCCCGCCGAUCUCGGCUCUAUACUCCCAACUGUCUACAAGAAAAGCAUCGUACUGUUUAGAUCUCUUUUUACGUAUUCCCGCUUCCUCCCUGCUUGGAAAUUCUCCAAACGGCAAUCAACAAUGCGAUCGAAUCCGAGCCUGCCAAUCCGGUAUAGAAUAUUCAAGGGAUCCCGACCAGAAACCCAUCAGGAGCUCGACCCUUUGAGCGUCCCGUUCUACGAUGGUGGUGGUAAAACUACGGAGACUUUCUCCUUUGGUGCCACUGAGUCUCCCGCAGGCCAGUUCUCGGUUCAAGGUGGACGACUCCGAAACGUUAUUGAGUUCGAGGUUCAUGGGCGCCGAUGA